UUGGAGGCAAAUGACAUCACAGCAGGUCAGAGAAAAAGGGGUAAGCGGCUGGCACGGAGAGGAGCAGGGCAUCUGGCCCCAGGAGCUCAGCCCAGCCUCCCUCGGCAGGGAGCCCGGCGCCCGGAGAGACCAUGCAGAAGUCGCCUCUGGAAAAGGCCGGCGUCCUCUCCAAACUUUUUUUCAGCUGGACUGGACCAAUUUUGAGAAAAGGUUAUAGACAACACCUAGAGUUGUCGGACAUAUACCAAAUCCCUUCAGCGGAUUCUGCUGACAACCUGUCUGAGAUGUUGGAGAGAGAAUGGGAUAGAGAGCUGGCGUCAAAGAAAAAACCCAAACUCAUUAAUGCCCUUCGGAGAUGCUUUUUCUGGAGAUUCAUGUUCUAUGGAAUCUUACUGUACUUAGGGGAGGUCACCAAAGCUGUCCAGCCUCUGCUUCUGGGACGAAUCAUAGCUUCCUAUGAUCCGGAUAACCAGGUUGAGCGCUCCAUUGCCAUUUACCUGGGCGUAGGCCUGUGCCUGCUGUUCAUUGUAAGAACUCUUCUCCUACACCCAGCCAUUUUUGGCCUUCAUCAUAUUGGAAUGCAGAUGAGAAUUGCCAUGUUCAGUCUGAUUUAUAAGAAGACUUUAAAGCUCUCAAGCCGUGUUCUAGAUAAAAUAAGUAUUGGGCAACUUAUUAGUCUCCUUUCCAACAACUUGAAUAAAUUUGAUGAGGGGCUCGCCUUGGCACAUUUUGUGUGGAUUGCACCUCUGCAAGUGACGCUGCUGAUGGGCUUGCUCUGGGAGCUGCUGCAGGCCUCUGCCUUCUGCGGCCUUGCGUUCCUCAUCAUCCUCGCCGUUGUUCAAGCCGGCUUGGGGAAAAUGAUGAUGAAGUACAGAGAUCAGCGAGCUGGAAAAAUCAAUGAAAGACUGGUGAUCACUUCAGAAAUGAUUGAAAAUAUCCAAUCUGUUAAAGCAUACUGCUGGGAGGAAGCAAUGGAAAACAUGAUUGAAAACCUAAGACAAACAGAACUGAAACUGACUCGGAAGGCAGCGUACGUAAGAUAUUUCAACAGUUCAGCCUUCUUCUUUUCAGGGUUCUUUGUGGUGUGUUUCUCUGUGCUCCCCUAUGUACUUACCAAAGGCAUCAUCCUUCGAAAAAUAUUCACAACCAUCUCCUUCUGCAUCGUCCUGCGCAUGGCCGUUACUCGGCAGCUCCCCUGGGCUGUGCAGACCUGGUAUGACUCUCUUGGUGCAAUCAACAAAAUACAGGAUUUCUUACAAAAGCAAGAAUAUAAAACCCUGGAAUACAAUUUAACAACUACAGAAGUAGUGAUGGAUAAUGUAACAGCCUACUGGGAAGAGGGAUUUGGUGAAUUAUUUGAGAAAGCAAAGCAAAACAAUAGCGAUAGAAAAAUUUCCAAUGGUGACAACAACCUCUUCUUCAAUAACUUCUCACUUCUCGGUGCUCCCGUCCUGAAAGAUAUCAGCUUCAAGAUAGAAAGAGGGCAGUUGUUGGCAGUGGCUGGAUCUACUGGUGCUGGCAAGACUUCUCUUCUGAUGAUGAUUAUGGGAGAACUAGAACCAUCAGAGGGUAAAAUCAGGCACAGUGGAAGAAUAUCGUUCUGCUCUCAAUUUUCCUGGAUCAUGCCUGGCACCAUUAAAGAAAACAUCAUCUUUGGCGUUUCCUACGAUGAGUACAGAUACAAGAGUGUCAUCAAAGCAUGCCAACUAGAAGAGGACAUCUCCAAGUUUACAGAGAAAGACAAUACAGUUCUUGGAGAAGGUGGAGUCACUCUGAGUGGAGGUCAGCGAGCAAGAAUUUCUUUAGCAAGAGCAGUGUACAAAGAUGCUGAUCUGUAUCUGUUGGACUCUCCUUUCGGAUAUCUAGAUGUUUUAACAGAAAAAGAAAUAUUUGAGAGCUGUGUCUGUAAAUUGAUGGCCAACAAAACCAGGAUUUUGGUCACAUCUAAAAUGGAACAUUUAAAGAAAGCCGACAAAAUAUUAAUUUUACAUGAAGGCAGCAGCUAUUUCUAUGGUACAUUCUCCGAACUACAAAAUCUGCGGCCAGACUUCAGCUCAAUGCUUAUGGGAUAUGAUUCUUUCGACCAAUUCAGUGCAGAAAGGAGAAAUUCAAUUCUAACUGAGACCCUUCGGCGUUUCUCCGUAGAAGGAGAUGCUGCUGUCUCCCGGAACGAGAGCAAAAAACAGUCUUUUAAACAGAACGCAGAGUUUGGGGAAAAGCGGAAGAAUUCUGUUCUCAAUCCAAUCAACUCUAUAAGAAAAUUUUCUGUUGCACAAAAAACUCCAUUACCAAUGAAUGGCAUCGAAGAAGACGCGGAUGCAUCUGGAGAACGGCGGCUCUCCCUGGUUCCAGACUCGGAGCAGGGAGAGGCGAUUCUGCCUCGAAGCAACAUGAUCAACACAGGCCCCACACUGCAGAGCAGGAGGAGGCAGUCGGUCCUGAACCUGAUGACACACUCGGCCAACCAGGGCCCCAGCAUGCACCGAAGGACAACCACCACUGCGCGAAAGAUGUCUCUAGCCCCUCAGACAAACUUCACUGAAAUGGACAUAUACACAAGACGGCUGUCUCAAGAAAGUGGCUUGGAAAUUAGCGAGGAAAUCAAUGAAGAAGACCUAAAGGAGUGCUUUAUUGAUGAUGUGGACAACAUACCAGCAGUGACCACAUGGAAUACAUACCUUCGAUAUAUUACUAUUCACAAGAACUUGAUUUUUGUGCUGAUUUGGUGUUUAGUUGUUUUUCUGGCUCAGGUGGCUGCUUCGUUGGUUGUAUUGUGGAUAUUCGGAAAAGCCUCUCCUCAAGAUGAAGGGAAUAGUACGAAUAGUGCCAACAGAAGCGCUGCAGUGAUUAUCACCAACACCAGCUCCUUUUAUGUAUUUUACAUUUAUGUGGGAGUAGCCGACACUUUGCUCGCAAUGGGAAUAUUAAGAGGUCUGCCACUGGUGCAUACUCUAAUCACAGUGUCGAAAAUUUUACACCACAAAAUGUUAAGUUCUGUGCUGCUGGCACCCAUGUCAACACUCAACACAUUGAAAGCAGGUGGAAUUCUUAACAGAUUCUCUAAAGAUAUAGCAAUUCUGGAUGAUCUACUGCCUCUUACCAUAUUUGACUUUAUCCAGUUGUUAUUAAUUGUGAUUGGAGCCAUAGCCGUGGUCUCAAUUUUACAACCUUACAUAUUCUUAGCAACGGUGCCAGUGAUAGCAGCUUUCAUUCUCUUGAGAGCCUACUUCCUCCACACCUCACAACAACUCAAGCAGCUGGAGUCUGAAGCCAGGAGUCCAAUUUUCACUCACCUCGUGACAAGCUUGAAAGGACUAUGGACACUCCGUGCUUUUGGACGGCAGCCUUAUUUUGAAACUCUCUUCCAUAAAGCUCUGAAUCUACACACUGCCAACUGGUUCCUGUACCUGUCAACACUACGCUGGUUCCAAAUGAGGAUAGAAAUGGUUUUUGUCCUAUUCUUCAUUGCUGUAGCCUUCAUUUCCAUUUUGACCACUGGUGAAGGAGAAGGAACGAUUGGUAUUAUUCUAACUUUAGCCAUGAAUAUCAUGAGUACGUUGCAGUGGGCCGUGAACUCCAGCAUAGAUGUAGAUAGCUUGAUGCGGUCUGUGAGUCGAGUCUUUAAGUUUAUUGACAUGCCAACUGAAGAAGCUAAACCUACCAAGUCUAUCAAAUCAUCCAAGAACUGCCAGCUCUCAAAAGUUACAAUUAUUGAGAAUCAAUUUGUGAAGAAAGAUGACAUCUGGCCCUCUGGGGGCCAAAUGGUUGUCAAAGAUCUCACAGCAAAAUAUAUAGACAGUGGAAACGCCAUACUAGAGAACAUUUCCUUCUCAAUAAGUCCUGGCCAGAGGGUGGGCCUCCUGGGAAGAACUGGCGCAGGGAAGAGUACUUUAUUAUCAGCCUUUUUGAGAUUGCUGAACACUGAAGGAGAAAUCCAGAUUGAUGGUGUGUCUUGGGAUUCAAUAAGUCUGCAAGAGUGGAGGAAAGCCUUUGGAGUGAUCCCACAGAAAGUAUUUAUCUUUUCUGGAACAUUCAGAAGAAACCUGGAUCCCUAUGAACAGUGGAGUGAUCAAGAAAUAUGGAAAGUUGCAGAGGAGGUUGGACUCAGGUCUGUGAUAGAACAGUUUCCUGGGAAGCUUGAUUUCAUUCUCUUGGAUGGGGGCUAUGUGCUCAGCCAUGGCCACAAGCAGCUGGUGUGCUUGGCCAGGUCUGUUCUUAGCAAGGCCAAGAUCUUGCUUCUUGAUGAACCCAGUGCUCAUCUGGAUCCUAUAACGUACCAAAUAAUUCGGAGAACUCUAAAACAAGCGUUUGCUGACUGCACAGUGAUCCUCUGUGAGCACAGGAUAGAGGCCAUGCUGGAAUGCCAGCGAUUUCUGGUCAUAGAGGAGAACACCGUGCGGCAGUACGAUUCCAUCCAGAAGUUGCUGAGUGAGAAGAGCCUCUUCCGCCAGGCCAUCAGCUCCUCCGACAGGGCAAAGCUCUUCCCCCACAGGAACUCAAGCAAGCACAAGUCCCGCCCACACAUCAUGGCUCUGAAGGAGGAGGCUGAAGAGGACGUCCAAGAAACAAGGCUCUAGAGAGCAGUACACAUGUGUACGCAGGACCGCCCCUCAUGGAGCUGGGAGUGAAACAGUUGCUUCUGCCUCAGGAAACAAGAAUGAAGAUUUAAAACAAAACCCUUUGGAGAAAAGAACUAAGGAAAUUGUUAUGAUCUGAAUAGAUGACACUUCCUGGCCAUGGGCAAAUGAGGCAAAAGGUACUUCAAAUCCUGGAAGAUAAACCCCUUGGGUUUUGCAGGCCAAAAUCUCUGAAAGCUUUUGUCCAUCUGUAGAAGUUGGAAAGGCAGCUAUACAUGUCUGCCAAGUUAGAUGUUCA